UUGUUCGUUGCCAUGGUUACGAUUAGAGGGGAAAACAUAGGUUAGCCACGUUAGCUUAGCUCGAUUAACGGUGCUAACGCUACAUCAGCGAUUAAACUACUGAACUGACGGCAGUCUGGUCAGAACAAAUGAGUCGGGAUGAAACACCGAAGAAUGAAUUAAGACUUCGAGGUGCCUCAGCUCUAUAUACCAAAGACACCAUAGCAUCAAACACCAGAGCUCAUGGCAUGUGUGCACCAUCUGAUGAAGUUAGAAAAGCUGUGCAAGCGACCAUGACUCAUCCACUGAAUCUGGACUCUGACUCUCAGCUUCUGGACUACACAGGACCAAAGUGGCUUUGGUUCGAUGACCAAGGGAUGGUUCUUCCACACAGUAUCCUGGGUAGCUUGGGGGAUUUCAGAAGUUAUCUGGAGGCCAAAGGGGAGACAGACUUGCUGAAGCGAAUACCCAGCUCUUUCAGAGAUCCCCCAUCUAGGGCCACUGAGAAGCGUCACUCAGAGGCUGUGGAAAAGAGAAUCCCUUCAGGUGACAGAAACAUCCAGAGCAAUGCCCUGCAGCGCUGGGAUACACAUAUGAGACUUCGCAGACGACAGCAGGAUGUCUUAUCUGACUUGCUCGACAGGCCAGUCGAACACUUACUGAUGAACCAAGCCGACCGUUUCAGAGAAACUCAGGAGCAGAGAGAAUUUCUAAACCAUGUCCUGCCGCUCAUCCACUCUGGAUAUGGUUAUCGUGUGGGCAGUGAGUUUUGGAGCAUCCCACGUCGUUAUGGAGAUGAGAUGAGUGGCAUCACAGCCACUCUGACUCAGUCCGAACAGGGCAGAUGGGAACCUGUCACACAUGUAGGACUACCGAACAGCAUACGCCAGGAAUCAGGAAUAGUUUGUCCUGAGACUCUGCGUCCAGCUUCUCAGACCUGGGACCGGAGUGCAUACCUGCAACACCAGUUGCAGGAACUUGGAGGGGUUUUACCGAACAUCAGAAAGCCGGACAUCAGUGGACUGGAGGUGAUUGGCUCUGGUAAACCGUCCAGUGUUGUCACAGUGUGUCGUAGUCCCUUGCUGGAGAAGGAAGACAAAGAGAGGGAGCACAAAGUGAUGAAGAAGGACAUUGAUCCACUGGCACGGUAUGAUGAUGUUCUCAUUCCCUCCUUGAGGUUCUGUGGUCAGCUUGCUAGCUGGACUGGAAACUCAACCAAGAACCAGGGAGAAAUAGGAAUCAGUGCCACAAUACUGUUUGAGGCCCUGACUGGAGAAAUCGCCUCAUCCAGCCUGGAGCUGCAAAAUGAGGGCCGCACAGCCAUCUUCUACAGCUGGAAGCAGCUUCGUGUGCCACACAGCUUCCCUCACCCACGUCCGCAAACAAACAAGCCGCACUUCUACUUCAGUUCCUCCUCUGGUGUGAUCCGUCCCAGUGAAACCCAGCAGGUUGAGUUUGUAUUUAAGUCCGAUGAGCCGGGCAUCAGCACUGAACUUUGGCAGCUCAACACCCAUCCUGUGCUGCUGCAAGGAGCCUCCAUGCAGGUCACGCUGAGGGGGGUUUCUCUGUACCAAGACAAAACUGCAGACCAGAGGCUUUACAUAUCGACAAAGCUGGAAAAGAUAGUGUCGGUAAAAAUAUGUCGAUCGAUUGUGUACGAGAUGCUGCAGGCGUUGCACACCCCAGAAAGACCCAGCUCCCCCCCAGAGCUCUACAUCACUAAAGAGCAACAGUUUCAGAGCAAAAACCCCCAGUUGCAGUAUCUUGAUCAGCCAGUGGAGGAACUGAAGAGUCUGUGGCAAGAAGUAAAUCAAGGACACACCUGGGACUUCUCUGUUGAUACGCUCCGACAGGUUCUGUUGUCGCUGCCUGAUGAAGAGCCAACUCAAGACUCUCUCACCAAAGAAGAGAAGCUGGCUCAGCUCAACUCUGUGUUUCUGCAGCUUUCUGAACCUACUGAUCUGAAACAUAACCAUCUAACAGCUGCCACUAUAGGGCAGCAGCUGUGGGUGAAACUCCUGGAUGAGAUGACUGCUGAGGCCCACUGGCUCAGAAGCCUGCUGGGCCUCCCAGAGAGAGAAAUGUGCAAUGUAAAAGAGGAUAAAUCCAUAGUAUCUGAUGCUGAUUUGACUGAUAGCGAAACCAAAAAUGAGGAAAAGGGAGGAGUCGUAGCCAAAGUGGAGAAGAACAGGGCGAGAUCCACACCUAAAGAUGACAACAAAAGAGAGUCCAAGUCACCAGCACUAACUGAUAAAUCAGCCGAGGGAAAAAGACGGGAUGAAGUAGGGAAGGCCUCUCGGGAAAAGCUAGGGAAGAAGUCUGCCUCGCUGACUGACACGCACUCACAGAGAAUCAUUGAACAACCACCUGAUAUCCAAAGUGAAGAUCCAGAGGUGACGCUCAUUUACACAAGACUUCUGCACAGAAAGGUUUAUGCUCUGAUGGAGGAUCUAGUGGACAACCUGUGUGACCUGAUGGAUGAGCUCAGUGUGGGAGAUGAACGACACGAAUGAGUCAGGCACAUAUACUGUAAUAAAACUUAUCAGAUUGGA